AUGAAGGAAUUUUCUAUCGAUGUAGCGAACUGGAAUGCGGUUGCCUCGUAUCGAGCUUUCUACUUCCUACCUACCUACAUUUUUUUCCUUUUUUCUCCAAUUCCCGUUCAUCCAUUUUUUCUUUUCCCCUCUUCUUCCUUUGUUUCUUUCUUCUCCCUCUCUCUUUGUCUUUCUCUUUCUCUCUUUCUAACUUCUUCCUUAUCAUGUCGCUUUCUCCUUUUACUUCACUCCUGCAUUCUCUCUCUUCCAUCCCUGUCUCUACAUGUUCCCCCUCCCUCUUUUAUCCCUCCUAUUUUUCUUUCCUCUGGUUUCCCUCUUUCCACCAUAUCAUUUCAACUAUCCCUCUUUUCUUUCACCCUUUCUUUCUAUGUUUCUUUCUGUUAUGGUCCGGUUCCUUGUGCCACGCCCCUCUUUAUUUCUCUAUAUUCUCUCCUACUUUCCUUUCCUUCUUUUUUCUCCGUUCCUGCCCUCAAUUUAUCUUUCCCUGAUCUCAUCCAACUAACUAUUAUUACUUCAUCUUCUUUUUAUCUUUUAUUCCUCUCCUUCUAUCAACUAUUUCCUUUUCUUUCUCCCUCUCCCACUUUCUCUCUCUCUCUCUCUCUCUUCUCUCUCUCUCUCUCUCUCUCUGACACACACACUUUCUCUCUAACUUCCCCUAUAAAUCCCUUAUUCCUUUUCAUUUUCUUUCGAGCUUCAUCUUCCCCCUGUUCCUCAAAUGUUGCUCUCUUCUCCACUUUGCCUUUCUCCGGACACCUCUCAUUGUCUCCGUUCCAAAACAACCACUUCAGAGUUUCUUGUCUUGACAUCGUUCGGCCUUUUCUCACAUUUCUUUAUUCCAGUCACGCCGCAUCUAAUUGGGGUCAGGCGAGGCGCGAACACACGCAGCACAAACCUGAAUCGUUCGACAUGAGAUGCCGGCAGGUCACUGGGCAGACGAAGGCCAGGAAUUCAUCAUAG